GUGUAGGGGAGAAGCUUUGCGUACUUGGGAGAGCCAAAGAGACAUACAAAAAAAACACUCCCACUUACGACUUCUCUUCUCGUUCGAAGAAACUUUCAGAGGGGGUUGAGAAAAAGAGUGUCCACAAAGAAACCAACAUGUCUCUGGGUUAUGCAGAGAAGCUUUCUUACAGGGAAGACGUGGGCACAGUUGGAAUGUCCGAGAUCUUCGACCCACCUGAUCUUUUGCAACAAAAAAUUGAGGAACUCGCUAUGCUGAUAAAAAAGAGUAAACACCUAGUAGUAUUUACAGGUGCAGGAAUAUCAACCUCUUGUGGUAUACCUGAUUUUCGUGGUCCCAAAGGAGUUUGGACACUUCAGCGUGAAGGCAAAGGUGUCCCUGAAGCAUCACUACCAUUUCACCGGGCAAUGCCAAGUGUGACUCAUAUGGCAUUGGUUGAACUAGAGAAAGCUGGUAUCUUGAAGUUUCUCAUUAGCCAGAAUGUGGAUAGUCUUCAUCUUCGAUCUGGAAUCCCAAGGGAGAAGCUUUCUGAAUUACAUGGAAACUCCUUCCGGGAACUUUGCCCUUCUUGUGGAGCAGAGUAUUUGCGGGAUUUUGAGGUGGAAACUAUUGGAAUGAAGGAGACAUCUAGACGUUGUUCUGAUGUUAAUUGUGGUGCAAAGCUCAGGGAUACAGUGCUUGAUUGGGAGGAUGCAUUGCCUCCAAAGGAGAUGAAUCUGGCAGAAAAGCACUGCAGGAUGGCUGAUGUUGUAUUAUGUUUAGGGACCAGUUUGCAGAUUACUCCUGCAUGCAACUUGCCUUUAAGAUCCAUCCGCGGAGGGGGGAAGGUUGUAAUUGUAAAUCUUCAGCAAACUCCAAAGGACAAGAAGGCAAAUUUAGUGAUCCAUGGCUUUGUAGAUAAGGUUAUUGCAGGUGUUAUGCACUUGCUUAAUCUGCGAAUUCCUCCAUAUGUUCGAGUUGAUCUUCUCCAGAUCAGCCUCUCACAAUUCUCUAGAAGUACAGAGGAAAGAUAUGUCAAAUGGACAUUGAGAAUAUCUAGUGUACAUGGACAGAAAGCUCCAUUGCCAUUCCUUGAAUCAGUCGAGAUUUCUUUUUCAGAUAGGCCAGACUUAAAGACUGCCAUUCUUCAUAAGCAACCAUUUCAGCUAAAAAGGGAGAUGGUGAAGACAAGACCAUUGAUAUUGGUGUUGAAGCUAAACUUUGGGGAUGGCUGUGGUUGUCCAAGCACUAAGAUUGAGUUCCCGGUUGACUUUGAGAUUGUGACAGAUGGCUUCAAUUAUGACAAGGAUGUCAUCUUACAGAAGCUGAACGACAGAGCAAUCCAAGAGGGAUGCUGUGGGCAAUAUGCAUCCAUAGAGAGGAAGAUCCUUACAACCCCGAGAAGUGAGGUCACAGUCUAUGCCAUUGCAACCAAUAUAGUCAGUUAUGACAAUCUUCUGGGAACCUCUAAAGCAUCUGAAAUCGUUCCUCAGAGUGGUGGCUAUAUGGUGAAAAGGCUCAAUGAGGACACUAAUGGGGUUGAAACAUCCCUGAAGAGACCAAAGGGGUGUUAACUGUCAUUUCUUUUCCUAUUAUGUGCCUUUUUUUCUUGGUCUAUACUACUAUAAGUAGAGGAGAGGAUCCAGAUUGUAUAGAUAUUCUAGUUGUAGUACUUACAGGCAGGCAUAUAUGUUUAGGGACUGAGUGAAUUUUGUGUAACCACACUCAGUCUCCCCAACAGUGGAUAUGUAGAAGGGGAAGGGGACAUGGCUGCCAUGGCCCAGUUUUGUAAAUUCUCAACAGCUUUGAAAACCGUCUUAGUGGAAAAAGGAUUCUGGAAUAGGUAGUUUUUGGGGGUUCCUUGCCAUUCUUCUUUUGUGUAUAAAUGUAAACAGCUUUAGAUGGAUUCCUUGAUA